CAGUAGUGAUAGUAAAUGCAAAAAUAAUGUGAUGGUGGUGGUAUGUUAGAGGUCGUGGUGGUAGCAGUAGUGCGGAAGAGGUGGUGGGUAUGAUGGAAACAAUGAUUAUGGCGAUGGUGGUAGCGGCAACGAUGGUGAGAAUAGCGGUGGUGGUUGAAACAAUGACGGCAUUGAUAGUAGCAAUGAUGGUGGUGGUGAUGGAUAUGAUGAUGGCGGUCAUGGAGAUGGUGUUAGUGGCACUGGUGAACAUAUGAGUUUCUUAUUUUAGAAAUAAUGAAAGUAAUAUUUUUUUAAUUUUUAAAAAUGAUAAAAAUAAGAAAAAUCACAAAGAUGUCCCUUCAAAUUUGUGCGAGAAAUAAUUCAUCCCAAAUUUUUAGAAUGUUUCAAUUAGAUACUGUAGCUUAUCUUUUAUUGCAGUAUGGUCCAACUAUCUAUUUGCACUCUAACAUCAUUAAUGGAUCGAGAAAGAAUUCAAUUCAGAUAGUUCAUAUAUAGUAUUACGCAACCGGAUGUAUCUUUCAUGCAAAAGAAGGAUACAUAUUUUUAUGCGCGGUGCCAUCAUUGGAUCACCUACCACACAGAUGUCAACAUGUUCCUUGGAUCACCUACUAGCAUGUUGGAUCACCUUUAACUAACAGAUAAACUCCAUCGUUUAUCCAUUGGCACAGAUCUCAAAGCAAGUAGUGGAUAGAGGUCAAGCUUCGGUGCCUUCUCCAAUGUUUCCUCCACCCAUGAAUCCAUAUCCUCCUCCACCCAUGCCAUCUCCAAUGGCAUUGAGGCCUUCAACAACAAUAAGGUCUACGCUGUUGGCGAGUCCAUUAGCCAUGUCGAGUGGGCCUCUACCAUCGCCUUGGUGGGCCUCUGAACCAUAGCUGAGGCUAUGAUUGCCAAUGGAGGCCUCUAUUGCCUCGGAUCCACAAUACCCUUUGCAAAUCCAUCAUCGAUGAGGGCCUUUAACGCCUUGGUUUCCAAAAGCCCUCCCCAAUCCCAGAUCCAAAAGCUUGAUUGGGGGGUCCUCGACCUCAAGAUCCCCCCUAGCUAGGCACUGCCCCUGUCGCCCUCAAGACGCUUUUCUCCAAAGAGCGGAUCCUCUAUGACCACAUCUUUGCAAGCUCCAAUUCCAUUCGUGAGUCCUGAUUCGCUAACAUCAUCCGCAACGCCACCACCAUCUUCCUUGGAUUCCUCGAACCCAUGGUGAAAAUUAAGCUAUUGCCGGAGAAGCUAUUUGGGAUCAUCGAUCUCUAUAAUGUAGGGGUGAAAGUGGAUUGGGUAAUAUUCAUCCGAAUCGGUUUUUGUAUCCGAAUCUAUCUGCAUAUAGAUAAAAUUUGAGCAUCCGACUAAUAUCUAUAUCUGUAUUCAUAUCUGUUAAAGAAAAAUGGAUAUUGAUAGACAACUAUCCGAUUUAUAUCCAUAUUCAUAUCUAUACUUUCGGUAUCUUUUUUUCAAAAAAAGAUUAAUCACAUAUAAAGCAUAUCCCUAAGGUUGGGAUAAAGGCUGGUGAAUGUGCUUCUUUCAUCGAAUUAUUCAACCAACUUUCACCGGUCGUGAGAUGAAAGACCGUCGAUCACAUUUUCUUUCCUCCUCUUCUUCCGGGCAUCACAAGGCCCUUUAGCUAAUCCACUCUACCUUGUUUUUUUGGAGGCCCCCCCAAGAAAGGACCAAGUCUCUUGCUAUCCGUUGGUACACUCAAAUUUGAACCCUAUAAAUAUAGCAGCCACUUGCGCCAAAACUACCAACCUCCAUGCAAUCCUCCCACAUCCAAAAACCCCUCACAAUCGCCCACCUCAAACCCCUCUCCACCCUCUUCAAAUCCACCUUCGCCUCCGACCCCAACCCCCUCCCAAGAUUCAUCCCAGACCACCCGAUCCUCCCUCUCAUUGAAUCACUCCAUGCCCACCCCCACACAGACCCCAGAACCCUCCACGCCCACGCCAUCACCUCCGGUCUCAUCCGCGACCCCUUCGCCGCCAGCCGUGUCAUCCAACUCCUCCUCCGCCCCGGCCCCGCCGCCGACCUCCGUUACGCCACCGCGGUCUUCAAUGCACUACACCGGCCCGAUGUCUACACCUGGAACGCCAUGAUCGCCGGCCACGCCGACCGUGGCUUGCCCGACUCCGCCGUCGCCUUCUAUUUCUGCAUGCGGGCCAGCCGAGCCCCGCCGAACACCUACACCUUCGCCCUCCUUGUAAAGGCUUGCAUUGAUGGUGGUAAUGCCGGAAUGCUUAUCGGCUUAGGAAAGGAAGUCCAUGGCCAAGUUCUCAAGUGCGGAGUGGAGGACAUAAUUGUCGUUAAGAAUUCUCUGUUGAAUAUGUACUGCGCCAUGGGCCGCUUGGCAGAGGCUCGCCUCUUGUUUGAUAGGAGCCGGAACUUGGAUUUGAUCUCCUGGAAUACUUUGAUCUCGGGCUAUGGGAAGAACGGAGAAAUGCUAACUGCAAGAGAGCUAUUUGAAAGAAUGCCUGAGAGAAGCUUGGUUUCUUGGAGCGCCAUGAUCGACGGAUGUGUGAGGAAUGGGGAUUUCUCCGAGGCCUUGAGGUUGUUUGAUGAGAUGCAGGCUGAGAGGAUGAAGCCUGAUGUGGUGACUUUGGUCAGUGUUUUGAAGGCUUGCGCUCAGUUAGGCGUGCUCGAUCAGGGGUGCAGGAUCCACCGCUACAUCGACAGGAGUGGUCUUGUGAGGGAGGACAAUGUGAUACUUGAGACUGCUCUAGUGGACAUGUACUGCAAAUGUGGGUGUAUAGAUGAAGCUUUGAAGGUAUUUGAUAAAGUCCGCAGCGGGGAUGUUGUGUCAUGGAAUGCGAUGAUCAGCGGGCUUGCAAUGCACGGCCAUGGAGAGCGUGCGCUCGAGCUAUUUGGGACGAUGAAGGAGAGGGGGAUAAUACCAAAUGAGUCGACGUUCAUUGCAGCUCUGUGUGCAUGCACCCAUGCUGGAAUGGUUGAGGAUGGGAAGAAGAUAUUUGAGUCCAUGAGAGAGUAUGGUGUUGAGCCACACAGAGAGCACUAUGGGUGCUUGGCUGAUCUUUUAGGCCGAGCAGGUCAGGUGGAGGAGGCUGAAGAGGUCUUACUUAGCAUGCCAAUGGAGCCACAGGCAUCGCAGUGGGGUGCACUGAUGUCGGCAUGUCGGACACACGAUAAAAUAGAGGUGGGGGAGCGAGUCGGGAAGCGUUUGAUCUCUUUGGAACCAUACGAUGGAGGUCGGUAUGUCUUAAUGGCUAACAUGUAUGCAGUUAAUGGUCAAUGGGAUGAUGCAGGGGGCAUGAGGAGGGUAAUGGAAGAGAUGGGGGCCAAGAAAGAGACGGGGUGUAGUUUCAUAGAGUAGUAGAAUUGAACAGCCAAUGAGUUCAUUAUGAGAGAUGCUUUGUCAACCUUGAGAAGAGAGUUUGGUAACGAACACAUUGCAGUUACUAAUGGAAUUGCAUGAAAUGGUAGAGAAGGGGCUGAGUUAUCUGAUUAAAACAAGGAGCUCGCCCAUAACCAAACUGGUUUCUAAGAGCCACCAGGGAGAGAAUCAUACGACAUAGACACAACUUUUACAGGUUUAAGAAGCAUCAUGCUCCUAGAAUGACUAAUGAGCAUCGCUGGAGGUGAUUCAUGUUUUAGAUUCAGCAUUUCAGGGUAUUUGAAGUGGCUUAUAAAUUUCUAGAAUGUGCUCAAAAUUAUAAAUAUUUCCUCCUGUAAUUAUGUGAUAUAGUUGUGCAGACAGAUGAACUAGAUGAAAGUUGUGAAGUAGGAUAAGCUUCAUCUUGGAGGAUGAGAAAUUGAUCCCAAAUGGAUAGGUUGAGACUUUUCGAACUUUUUCGAUUUAGAUUCAGCAAAUAAUAAGUGUUAAUGUAAAAAAAGUGUUUGAGAGGAUCAAAAAAAUAUUUUGUUUAUACUAUUUUACAGGAUAUUAAA